AUGAAAGGUUCACAAGGUACCACCACCCCUACUAAUCAUAUUAAAGUUUGUCCUCGUUUUUCUCAGUUGGAGAUUACUUCUCCCGUUGCCUUUGACCAACAAAUACUUUUGAGAUUGUUUGCUAAAGAUAUAAUUUAUCAUGUAUAUCUUUUGACAAUUGUGGAACAUAUAAGGGUAUGGCUUUCUUAUCUCAAUCCACUUGUUCGACAUAUCACCAGAAAUACUAUUCUUAAACAUUGCAUUAGAGAGUAUGAUAUGUACAAGAAUAAUUUGCAUAAGGUUUUGCAAAAUCUUCCCGGUAAAGUUAGCUUUACAUAUGAUUUGUGGACUGCAUGCCUUGCUGUUGAAAAGUUUGUAUUAAAUCUCAUAGAACAAUGGAAUCUUGAAGGUAAGGCUUUGUGUAUGACUGUUGAUAAUGCACGAAAGGUUUGCAAGAGGUUGAUGAAUGUGCUUUGUCAGUUUGAGCGAUCCGUUUCUGAUGCUAAUAUUGUUUUUAAGGAAAAGUUAUGUCUUGAUGUUGUAACUCGAUGGAAUGCAACUUUUCUAAUGUUUCAUAAAGCUUUAGAAGCUACAUAUGCGUUGAUUUUAUAUGCUCAAAAUUAUUUUCUGAUUGAUUAUCACCUUUCUCCUAGUGAAUGGCUAAUUAUUAAGGAUGUGUAUCAUUUUCUCAAAAUGUUUUAUGAUAUCACUAUUAUGUUUUCUGGUUCUGAAUAUCCUACUGCAAACUUAUAUUUUGAAAAUAUUUUUUGUGUUGAGUACAAUCUGAAAGAAGCCCAUAAAAACCCUAUACUUGCAUUCAUGGCUGAGGAAAUGCUUGUAAAGUUUGAAGAGUAUUGGGAUGAAUAUUCCUUGUUUCUUUCAAUUGUUGUUGUACUUGACCAUCCACAUAAACUUCAACGUGUAAGAAAAGCAUUUUAUCGCAUGUAUGUUGAAAGAGCGAGUGGGGAAAGGACGAAGAAGGUAAAUGAUGCUCUUUAUGAUAUUUACAAACAUUAUCAUUCUCAAUUGUCUGCUUCCAGUUUUAAUUCUCGGAACAGUGAAACUCUUAGACUUACAAUCCUUAUGAAGAUUCAGAGGGGUCAAGGUGACGACGAGGGUGAGGCAAGAGCUCCAUUUGCUGAUCUUGAAAAAUACUUGAACACAUCCCGUAGUCGAAAGGUUGAAGGGGAAAAUUUUGAUGUUCUAGCAUUUAGCAUUUUGGAAAGUAUGGGAGGUCGUAUUGCUACCAAGUAUAGGGGGGCUUUGUUUCCCAAACAUAUUGAGGUUAUGGUUACUUCACAGAAUUGGAGUCGUGGUUAUGGGGGUGACAUUGAUGAAGAUGUUCUUGUUGUUCGUAAAGAAAUGGAAGUUGAAAACAUUUAA